CGUGAAUAGAAGAAUUAGCAUUGUGAAUAAAAGAGCAAGUGUGGUGUGCCACUGCACCCCAUCCCCGGAGCCAAACUGUGACUGCUGGGACUGAAGGUGACACUGAGCUGGGGAGGUCGUGCAAUGGAGGUGUGCAAUGGUAACUGCAGGGCAGAGCAAAGGCCAUGAGUCCCCUUGGCAUGGCUAGGGAUAGCAGCAGGACAUCCCCAGUAAUCCCAGCGUGCCUCCACGAGGCUACCUGUUCCCAGACAGGUGUGAGUUGUUAUAGGAGCUCAGGUUUGUGCUAUGGCAGUGUGUGGAGCAUGUUUUCCUUUCUCUAUAAAAUGGUUCAUUUCCUUAGUGCCAUUCCUGUGCUGCAAGUUCUCCACUGCAAUUCCUCACUGCUUAACAGCAGUUGCUCUCAUGGGCAUUUUUGCAGCUGUUAGGAAAAUCUGUGUGGGCAUUACAGGGUUUGUUUUCUCUGGGGAUUAUUUUGAAUCUUGUUUCCCAUUAAAAAAAAUAAAGACAUCAGGUAGAUAUGAAUUGAAACUGUGCAGGGUAAUAGCAUCACAAAACUCAAUGCAAAAUUAGGGAGAGGUGGGAUGAAAUCUGUGAAAGCCUAAAGCUUGUUAUGACCCUUGCUUGGCAGCAUUGCCAAAGAGCCCAGGGACCAGGGCCAGGGCACUGCACUAGCAAUGGUGCCAGAGGGGUUAAAGAAGCAGGUUCACACUGCAAGGAGGGAGCUGGAGCUGGCUUUCUCAGGAGAGGAUGCUGGCAGCAGGUCCCCCAGUCUUCUCCAUGGCACCCGGCCUCAGAAAGCCACCUCAGUACCCAGCAGGGCAGACUGCAGCCCGGGCUGCAGCAUCCCUGGGCAUCAGGGGCUGGUGAAGGCAUUGAGGGGGAUGUUUCACUUUUAUGCCCUGUUGGUUCCCAGCGUUGGAGAGGAGCUGUGCAGGAGCUGUGCCCUCCCCCAGCCCCCGGCCUGGCACUGGGGCUCUGCGCUUUUGUUCCCAGGCUGGGGACUCGGCCAAGCAGUGUUCAACUGGAGCCAAAGAAGAGAUGGCCAAGAGGGCAGGGUGCUCCCUGCAGCGAGCUGGGGAUAGGGACAGGGGCCCUGAGCAGGGCCCUGCAGGAGCAGGGAUACCCUGAGAGCAGAGGCAGAGUCUUGCUCAGCAGUGCUUGUGGUGUGAUGUUGUGCUUGGUGCUGUGCUUCCCAGAAACCAUGAUGCCUGGGGACAGGAGCAGCUCUGCACGUGUCCUGUUUGAUUUUAGGAACCCAGCCUUCCUGCAGGGGUGUUCGUGCCCAAAGCCAGGGCAGGAGGACGGAGGACGGCAGUGUGUGGGAAGUGCGGUGGCACAGCCCCUGGCCACUGUCAUGCCCUCACAGAGGUGCUGGCAGGGCUGGAGCUUUCGUCCAGAUUGCAGUUGCCCAGAAUAGCUGUAUUCUGGAGUGAGCAGACUGAGGCUGAUUGAAGAGACCAUGCGGGAAUGCAGACAGACAGACAGAGAGACACCCACAGGCACAGUGCCCAAACUUGUUUGGCAGCAGUGGGCAAGAGGUGAGGGAACGUCACUGUGCGCUGCUCAGCCCCUCCAGCAGGAGCCAUGGACAUCCUUGCGCUGUGCGUGCCCAUCUCCCUGCCAUGGCUCCCAUCAGUGUGUGAGCUUUCCAGCCUGCUGAAACGCGACACAGUGCAGGACACCCUUUUGACCCAGUCUUGCUCAUGCCUAUCCCACCAAUGCCUGGGCACAGCUCAAAGGCUGGGUUCUGUUCAACCUCAUCCAGCCUCCCAGCAAACAGUCUGUGUUCAUGCCAGUGAUGGCUGCAUCUUACUGGGACAGAGAUGGU